AUGGAGCCGGCCGCGCUGGAGCGGUUCCACAGCCCGGGAAAGGGCAGCGGUCUCCGCUCCCGCCGGAGCGUGCGGCCCGGAGAGCUGCUCUACCGCGACGUGCCCUUCGCCUACGUCCUCACCAAGCAGCAGCUGGGCACCGUGUGCGAACGCUGCCUGCGCAGGAAUGAAAAUCUGCACAGGUGCUCUCAGUGCAAGGUUGCUAAAUACUGUGGUAGAUCUUGUCAGAAAGAAGCUUGGCUGGACCACAAGCAAGAAUGCAAGUGUCUUAAGAGCAUCGAGCCAAAUUUUCCUCCAGACUCUGUCAGACUUGCUGGAAGGAUUGUUUUUAAACUACUCAGACAAUCAGUAUGCCCUUCUGAGAGACUCUACUCUUUUUCCGAUCUUCAUUCAAAUUCUGAACAGUUAAAUGAAGAAAUGAAAGAUGGCCUCAGGCACCUUGCACAGACUUUGCAACUGUAUUUGAAAACUGAGAUCCAGGAUGAGUCUCAAUUGCCACCUGCAAUUGACUUUUUCCAGAUCUUCACAAAAGUGACCUGUAACUGUUUCACCAUCAGUAAUGGAGAGAUGCAGGAUGUUGGUGUUGGCCUGUAUCCCAGCAUGUCUUUACUGAACCACAGCUGUGACCCAAACUGUGUGAUUGUUUUUGAAGGAUACCAGCUUUUACUUCACUCUGUCCGAGACAUCCAGAUUGGUGAAGAGCUCACCAUAAGCUACGUUGAAUCACUGAUGCCUACCAGGGAACGCCAAAAGCAGCUGAUGCGCCAGUAUUGCUUUGAAUGUGAUUGUCCACUCUGCCAGAAUCAAGAGAAGGAUGCUGAGAAAUUGGCCGGUGAAGUACAUGCCUGGAAAGAAGUCAAAGAUGCUGUAAAUGAAGUGGGAUAUCCAAAAUCAAAAGAAGAGUGGAAGCAUGUUCUGGCAAGAUGCCAGAAUCUCUUGAGGAGCAACAAGGGUCAUCUACCAGAUACAAAUAUCUAUCAGCUGAAAAUGCUUGACUGUGCCAUGGAUGCCUGUAUUAACCUUGAAUCUUGGGAAGAAGCAUUGUAUUAUGGCAGCAGGACUCUGGAACCAUACAGACUCUAUUAUCCUGGCUUCCAUCCACUGAGGGCUGUCCAGCUGAUGCGAGUGGGCAAACUGCAGUACAGUCAAGGCAUGGUUCCUCAGGCACUGGAAACCUUGAAACAGGCCUAUAAUAUUAUGAAGGUGACCCAUGGGACAGAUCACAGCCUGAUGAAAGUCUUGAUGGAGAUGAAGGAAGAGUGUGAGGCCAUGAUGAGAAUACAGUGAAGAUUAUCUCUAGUAUGGAAAACAAAGCAUUCAAUGAGAAAGAAGAGGAUUUUAUUUAAUUGUGAAGCUUCUCAAUGGUUUUAGUGUCUUUUCUUUAGGUCCCAUUUGCUUUACAAAAAGGUUUAAUAUUAGUUGUGCUGUAUGGUCUGAAUUGAGUUGGUGUUUGACAGAAUUCCUGUAAUUUUCAAAGGAUUUUUUUUGUCAUCAAUCAUCAGUCUUAUUGAAAAUAACUAACAAUACCUAAUUAUUUGAUUGCAAGUAUUGGGAAAUGGAUACAGAGUCUUCAUCAGUUACAAAGUGAUCUAAUUCCAUUGAUGUCAGCAGUCAAUUUUUUAUAUCAGUUUAUGUUGGCAAUUACGACUCUCUUGUCAGACACAUUAUAAUUUAAGAGAAUAUACUUUUUCCCCUUUACGUUGUCCUUUGGUAUGGCUUCCAAAAGCCUGAUCCAGUGCUCUUUGACAUCAAAUAAGCUUCCCAAUGUUUUAUAUGAGAUUUUCUUCCCUCCCAAUAGAUCUGCAGGGCUUUGUCUGUAUUCUUCUUCCAUUUCAUGCCAUAUAAUAUUGAAUACUAAAAUGGAUUAAAUUAAAAAAUUUAUCAUAGGUAGAAAUUGCACUCUGCUUUUUUCCCAUUUUGCCAUCUUCAAGAGUUUCUCACUUCUUAACAGUUUUAAAAGCAGAUAUCUGGACCUGUGAACUCAGUGCCAUGGCUUCUAAAACUUUCUGAGUCUGUGGAGUUUGAAUGUCAUAUCCCCAAAUAGAGAAGCCCAGAGACCUACAGAUGAACAUUAGCAUCCCUGGGGAAGACAAGCAUGUCUUGGAAAGCACAGGCACAUUACUUCCCCAUGCUCAUCAGCAAGAGACUUGUUCUUGCCAGAGCUGUUUACUGCCAUUUUUAACACAGAAACAAAUAUUAAUUACAAAAGCCAAUAUUUAUGAGCGACAUUGAAACUUAAAUAAUUUAAAGCCUUUGAAAGUAUUGCUUCAGGUAUGUCGCUCCUCUAACAAUUUAUUGCUGCUACUCCAGCCAUGACUGUUACUUCAUUAAUCCAUCGUUGUUGUAAAGUCAGGCUUUUUUCACACCAGUAACCUGACACCAUUAAUUAUUACAAGAUGAGAACACAUUUAAAAAGAAAAUGAACACUCUGGGCGUAAUUUACAGCCAUGGCACACGAAUGCCAGGGCUGAGGAAGAUAUCUCUUUUCAAGACGUUUGAAUUUGUUCCAGCGUUUGGAGCAUUCACUUGCUCGGCAGUAAUGUGCAAGCAAUAACCUCUGAAAUGCAAUGCACUUCUGGAGUACAUAGCAUGGCUUGCUGCCAGAGGCCAGGUCGUAUCAGCCACCCAAGAAGUGCAGUAAUCCUCACAGAAAUUCACUGCUUGGUUGGGUCUUCCUGUUGUUAUAGAAAGGAAAUUGUCUGGGGGAAAAGGUCAGACCUUUGCAUUUAUUGGGAGUUCUGACAAAGUACUGAUGGACAGCCGGUCUUCAAAACCUAUUUUCUGAUUUUAAAUGGGCACAUGCGUAUUAGAAUUUACAUGAUUUUUGUGUAAAGGCCAUGCUUAUGUUAUCUCAUGUUUACAUAUCUGGUACUAAGAUUUGCAAAUAGAGGGGACUUCAGAAUAUAAGGUCAGGUGAUACAUUCGUUUGUCCAGCAUAUUCUGGAGACAGCCCAGAAGCCCUCAUGCAUGCAGACACAUCUGCAGCUAUGAACUGCAGCACAGUUUACUGUGGCUUCUGCUCAGAAAGGACAUCUCAACAGUUCAUGGUAAGAGCUGGGAGAAAGGCAGAGUCACCUGCUGUCAGAUGAGAACAGCUACUUUACAGCAAGCUGCAACAUCUACCUGUGCUGGGGCAUUCUCCCAAGCAGUGGUGUUCUCUAAGAAGACACUUAGAGAAGAGGUACAAAGGAAAGAAUUCAAUGACAGCCUGAUGGGAAAUAGAGAAGGAGCGUGCUGUUGGCUGUGGAGUGUCACAGCAGCAGCUGUGCUGCCAUGAGUGCAGAGCUGUUGGAAAUCCAUCUUCAGCACAAGAAACUGAAUGGGCACCAGCAUCUUCAGUGUUGGGGCAUAACCCAUGGGCUUUAUAUUCAUUACUCUUGAUGCAAAACCUCUUUCAGCUUGGUCAAGGCAAGAGUCAAAUUUUCUGGUUGUUUUCAGUCAUUUACUGUGCAAUUUCCCUUUCCACCAGCAGUGCUGCACGGGAGGUUGUUGUGGCCAGAUUUUUUUUCCUGGUAGUCCUGCUCCAGUAUAUUUUCUGCAGAGAAUGCUGGUCUGUGAUUGUGGAGGGAUUUACGUGAAUGCAUCAUUUGAAAGUGGCAGCAAGCAAGGGUGCCAGGGAGGAGGCAGCAUUAGAUAAGCACUCAUUUCAAAUCAAGUAAUGUUAUCUUUGCACAGACAUCCUGUUUCAGUUUUCAUGAAUAAUAUCUGUCAAAUUUUUCAGGUGCUGGUAUUAGUGGUAAGAUAAAGAUGCUAAAGUCAGAAAGAAGCAGACUGCAACAUUAUCUGUAAUGCUGACAGGUUUGCUGCUUGCUUCCCACAGGUUGGAGGCUUUUCUGGUGCCUUUUGGAAAGCAGUGGUUACUUGAGUUCACCUCAAGUUUUAGGAAUGCAUUUUGAGUUACUUGUGUUUUGUUGCUCUCCCUUAAAUUAGUCCAGGAAAAACAAUGUUAGAUUCCAUUCAGAGGGACCAGAAUUGCAGUAUCUGUUUGGAAGAAAAGCAGUAGCAGAGCACAGAGCAAAAACCGUGGGGAAUGAUACAGUUUUGCUAAGAAUAACUGAUUACAGUUGAACAGAACAUUUAUCUUAAGCAAAAAAAAAAGUGCUCCCUAAACUCUGUUAUUUCUUUAAGAAUGUCAUAAUUCUCUGUAUCCAUGCCUCUCAAGGGUGCUGACCUGACAUUGGAAGUAAAAAGUCUUUGAGACCAUGGCAAACAGACCAUUAUGCAGUGCUUAGUAGAGGUAGUAGAAAGUAAAAGAAAAGCAGUGAGGGAAAAUGCAGUAAACUAGUUUUUUAGAGCUUUGAGUCUAUCAAACUGUGUGUGAAGUCUAUCAUGCAUGGGUUUAUGCCAAGAAAACUCGCCCACUACUCAGCCUUUUUUCUGCUUCUCAUUGUAACCCUCUUCUCUCAUAGCUAGGUUUUUAAAUGAGCUUUUCUUAGACUUGUUAUUUUUUUACAGAGCAUGUUUAUGAAAUACAGAGGCUAUUUCCCCAUACAGUGUAUUUCAAGUAGUCCCUGGCCACUGCAAAGCUCUUAAUGAACAGAGUUACAUUUUUCACAGAGGUUGUGCCAAUUAUGAGGAUUUUUUUUUCCUGAAUCAGAAUUAAACCUCCCAUAAGACAAGAAGAAGGAGGAAGGUCUUACAAUUAUGGACAUGGAGCUCUGGCAUGGCUUUUCUGCUGCAACAGAAAUUGUGUCUGACCUUGGGCACAUCACACAGGGUUAGACGCCCAUACUUAAAGUUCUUUAUUGUUGAUCCUUGGAAAAUAAAGAAAAAGGAAGAGAAAAGAGAAGAGGAAGAAGAAAGGAAAGGAAAGGAAAGGAAAGGAAAGGAAAGGAAAGGAAAGGAAAGGAAA